AUGGGGGUGCAUGUCAGAGCUGUUGCUGAGCCUUUCUCUCCAAUUUGUCCGAUUUCCUCCUGUAGCAUUCUCAAACAUUGCAAAGAUGUGGAGCUCUCCUUCAGUGAUGUGACAGGAAAGCCUGAAGCCUUCAAAGGCACCAAGAAAGGGAUGCUGUAUCUCACCCCUUACAGGAUGAUCUUUGUGUCGAAGGGCAAGGAUCCUAUGCUGUCUUUCAUGAUGCCGUUUUAUUUGGUGAAAGGAUGCUCAAUUGAGCAGCCUGUUUUCUCUGCCAAUUACAUCAAAGGACAGAUUCAGGCUGAGGCAGGAGGUGGCUGGGAAGGGCAGGGGACAUUUAAACUGACUUUCAACAGUGGAGGAGCCAUUGAGUUUGGACAGUUGAUGUUCAGAGCUGCCUCUAACGCUUCCAGUGGUGUUCCUCUCCAGAACCCUGGCUAUGGCUAUACGCCCGUGCCCGGAGGGUAUGCGCCCGCCCCGCCUGCUCCCGGGGGUUAUUCACCUGCGCCACCAAACGGACCGUAUCCGUAUACGCCACCUCCGAUGAGCGCCUAUGGCCCCGCUCCACAGCCCAUGGGAUAUCCAUACGCCCAGACUCCAGGUAUUUACCCACAGCUUCCAAACAUGAACCCCAUGUAUGUGCCACCUCCUCCCCCCUACUCCGGGCCGUCUCCUGCAGGACCCGCAGCUCCCCCGGGAUGGAUGGGCCCGGGGAUGCCAGGGGACAGUAAGGCCAUGGAAGCCACUUCCAUGGCAUAUUACAACCCCGCCAACCCACACAAUGUGUACAUGCCCAUGGAUCAGCCACCUCCUUAUGCACCUCCUGAGGACAAGAAGAACAACUAA